AUGAAAAGCGAACUGCACCUUUGCCUUGUUUUCUCUGUUUUUCUGACCACUUUACCACAACUUGAUGGUACUGCUAUACCCAACUCUAAGCAAGAAAGAAAAAAGGUUUUAAUCCUGGGAGCAGGAGCUGCAGGGAUCACCGCAGCUAUGACCCUUUACGAUCAAGGCAUCACAGAUUUUCUUGUAUUGGAGGCUCAAGACUACAUAGGUGGCCGAAUAAAGUCAGUGCCCUUUGCUGGCAAGAAUAUCGAGGAAGGAGCAAACUGGAUUCAUUUCGUGGAAGAAAAGGAAAAUCCUCUUCUACCUUUACGCGACAAGUACAACUUAACAGGAUAUUUGUCUAAUUUUAGCGACUUUUGUAUGAAGUGAGUUUAAUACUCGGAGAACUUAAACAAAACGGUGUCAACAAGAACUUCGGUUUUUUAUGACAGAUGAAGAAAUAAUCACAUCCACCGCUUUUUUCUCUGUUUAACCCAUAGGGUGUGCCAAAAACAAAAAAAAAAUACCACAGUAAGAAAUAUCCUUUUUUACAUGAGCUCUAAUUGUAACAUUUUCUUGGUAACUUAUUCAUUUAUUUAUUUAUCGCGCGUUAAUGACAGUUGUAUCAGCUGUCGAAUGCAUCUUUUCAUUCACGAUAGCAUAAAGAGCUAGUCAGAUAAAACGCCCGAAACUAUCCUAUACUAAAAACAGAAAUCUUGUUUAGCACUGAGAUUCGACCUCUUUUCCAACAAGUUUAUAUACCCUGAAUAUUUGAAAAUCAGAGACCCCUUUCCGAACAAAACCAAAGAUAAAUUAAAGAAUUUCAAAGCAAAUAUCCUGUUCGAUUUAGUUUUUCGGGUCUCUAGUCACCUUAUCUAAUAUUUGUGGGACAAACGAUCAUAUUUACACUGAGCCUGGUUACCAAAAUACUGGUUGGUUACAAGUCGUACUUGCAAAAAAUGCCUUUUUUUAAUUAGCAGGGCCAUUUGAUGGGCGCGGUGGGGCGGUGGGGGGGGGGGGGGGGGGGGGGGGGGGUCGUACUUGCAAAAAAUGCCUUUUUUUAAUUAGCAGGGCCAUUUGAUGGGCGCGGUGGGGCGGUGGGGGGGGGGAGGGUGGGGGGGGGUGUGAGGGUGGUGGGGGGAAGCGCAUCACCGGAGUAGAUUACCUAAAAUUUAUGGUAUUUACUGGGCAUUCGUUUGAAUUUGAAUUUUGAUAAGACAAUGCUUAUAUACAUGCUACCUGAAUUCUGCUUUUCUUGGAAACGAUUCGAAUUUAUGUUUUUGCUAUGUAUUUUACAAUCCGUUUGCUUCUGGAGCCUAGUCGUUCUGGCUAAAAAUACAGUUUUGUACCUUUGAUACGUUUUUUUAAAAGGUAGCCCCCAAGCGGAUAUGGAAAAAUAAAGUGCAUCGUUAUUCAGAAAAAGGUGUGAUCGAAAAUACGAGGAGCAUUUGUCUAAUUUAUGUACAAUGCAUAAAUUAUAGCCUACGACUUAAAUAGCAAUUUCUAAAAGAAGGUUAUAAAGUGCAUCUGUGCACCUUCUUUAAGAAAUCGUUAGUUAAAUCAUAGUGUAUAAUGUAUGCAGUGUACAAAAGUAAGACAAAUGCUCCGUGAAUAUGUGACAACCUACUCAUUAUGAAAUGACUCCUGGGCUCAAACCUUUCACGGUUUCACAGUAUUAACUAAGUUACUAGCUUUUGUGCCUUGAUUCAGUUUGGUUUGAUUUGAAUCAAAAUAUUCCGACGUCAGAUUAUGUUUACGAGAGCAUCAUCUCAUGUAGGUUGUCAAAUCUCGCUCCUUAUAACCCGCCUUUGUAAAUACCCCUAGUCUAUGAUUUAAAAAAAAGCCUAGCAACUCCUGUCAGUGUGACAGAGUAGCCACUAAUACGUCCAUCCGAAGACACGACAAAUAAAGAAGUCAAUCAUGUUAGAAACGACUCAAGCAAAACACAUGGUUGAGUCAGCGUUGCAAUGGUCUGCUGUAUUGCACCGAAGCGAGGCAAAAUGUCCUUCUAACAUCUGGCGAGGUUUAAACUGGUAUCUAAGUGAAACUUCUUUUUCUCAAAUGCAUGCAACGCGUGAUACUGAGGAAAUACCAUGUGCAUGUUUAUUGUUCAUUAUGUUCAUUUUUGAAAUAGCUUUCGAAACGUCAUCAGUUUCUUUAAUCUUUUUAAGCGUAUGACCAAGUUACUUUAUUAACUCAGAAUUGAUAAAAUCAAAUUUAUGUGUUUCAUUCCCUCACUGACGCAGCCCACAAAUUCAGAAAUAAACUAAAUAAUCGUUAAUAAAAGGCGUGUACAGUUGAUAGAUUGCAGGUAGAAUUCGUUUUCAGGUUAAUCUAAAUAUUUAAAUCGGACUCUUGCCCCCAGAAGACACGUGGUAUGGUGUGAUUCCAUGGGUGUUGUGAGUUCUGGGUCAGGGCUUUAAAUCAGAGUGCGCGGAUAUUUUUUAUCAGAGUUUUCUCUGGAUGAUGCGCCAUACUGACGAGCCCCGAAAAGUGCGAAACAGCUGUCUAUGGCUACAAUCCCGCUCUGAUUUGAUUUUUUUCGGUGUCGUGUUGAUGACGAUUUGCAGAGUUAAUUUUCACGUAGUACGAUCAGCAUUGCAGUAUUCUGCUUACAGAAUUUAAUAUGUCUACAUUAUUAUUUUUGCUGAUCAGGUCUUUGUGAUUCUACGUACGUUCUUCGGCAUAUUCGUUUGAGGGUCCUUUGCAGUCCUUUGUGGUUAAUGUUUGUAAUCUACAUAUUGUAGUAUUCACCCUAGUUUAAUUCUAGCCCGAGAAAACAGACGACAUUUCGCGACGCCACCAAAGGUUUCCCCAGCGCGAAUUGUCGUCUGAGAAACGGGCGCAAAAAUUCCAUACUGAUGACGCGUCACUACCCAUAUCUGGGUAGUGACGCGUCAUCAGUAUGGAACUUCUGCGUUCGUUUCUCAGACGUCAUUUCGCGCUGGGAAAACCGUUGCUGGCGUCGCAAAAUGUCGUCUGUUUUUUCAGGCUAGUUCAAUUCAGGAUUUCCUUGAUUUCCUAGCCCUACCAUGAUUCUUACUAUACAAGACAAAGGAAAUACUGGAGCGGAUUAUAGUAGCAACAAACAGUUCUACAAUUGAUUUUGCACAUUUUCUUGUUAUGUCAAGGUGUCUUUUUUUCACAGAAACGACUCCGGCGAAGAUGUAACUGAUCUGCGUACGUACAGUGAAUGGAAGAAAGUAAGCGAAAAGUUAUUUGCGAUGGGUGAGAAAAGGGGAGAGGAAGAUCAUCCUCCCAGAGAUAUGCCGGUCUCGGUUGCGCUGAAGCUUCUGGGUUGGAUAUCAGACACUCCAGCAAAGAAAACAUUGUCUUGGUUUGACCUCGAUUUUGAAUAUGGUGAUGGCGAGAAAGGAACUUCUCUGAACAACAUGGGAUUUCCUCCUGAGAAGGAUUUCUUCGUCACUGAUCAAAGAGGCUACUGGACGCUGUUCAGUGAGUUUUACAAGUCUUUCCAAGACAAAAUCUUGCUGAACAAGGUUGUUCAGAAGAUUCGGUAUUCUAAUGACAGCGUUACAGUUGUUACAGCUAGCGGAGAAGUCUUCAGUGCAGACUACGCUUUGUCCACGUUUAGUUCUGGCGUUCUUGGCAGCAGUUUUAUAAUGUUCAGACCCCCCUUACCUAAGUGGAAGAGAGAAGCAAUUUAUCGUUUUAGACCUGUUUACUUCACAAAGAUUUUCCUGAAGUUCCCAUAUGACUUCUGGGAUGAUCAUGAAUGGAUUAUGCAUGCCUCCCAAAAACCAGGCAAUUUUCCAACUUUCUUCGACCUGAAUCGACCAGGAUUCUCUCCAGGCUCCAACCUUCUUUUCACAGUGGUAACUGGAGAUGAAGCACUGAGAAUAGAAAAGCAAAGCGAUUUGGAAACAAAGAAAGACGUGAUGGAUACCCUACGAAAAAUGUAUGGAAACACGAUACCGGAAGCGAUUGGUAAGUAGCGUCCUUUUAGUCCUUUCUCUCACUUCAGGUAAACUACCUGAAGAUCAAAAUAAGAUAAUCUUAAUUUAUUUCAAACAUCUAUUGAACUACAUGUUCUAUUGUAUGUCGCACUAUAUGUUCUUUAGUUUGCUGGUGGCAGUCUCAGCCAGGCUUUUAAAACAACCUGUCUGCGAAUGCCCUUAUCAGAGUCGACAGAGUCGAAUGAACCGUGAAACAUGAGUGAAUGCUGGGUCACUCAGGUUAUUGAUGAGUAACUGAUCAAUAGAUGGGUCAAUAAAGUCUUGGUAUUAUUUCAUCUGUCACUUGUGAAGCCAUGAUAUUUGUUAAGUUUUCGUUAAUCAACUUUGUAGAUACUCUUUACGUUAUCUCUUUAAAACGAAACAAGGCAAGCGAAAAGUAAACAAGGAGAAAAGUUCUACCUCAGAAGAACUUAACCACCAGUUGUUCUAAAAGUUGUUAAUUGUUAUCAUUAUUAUUAUUAUUAUUAUUAUUAUCAUCAUCAUCAUCAUCAUUAUUAUUACUAAUAUCAUUAUUACUAUUAUAAUCAUUUAUUUUGAUAAAUUAUUUUAACAUUUAUUUAUUAUUGAUACUUUUUUUACCUGACGUACUGUAUCCAGGAGCCGAUUACUUUAGUAGAUUAGUAAUCGGCUCCUGCUGUAUCCUAAUCCUUUCAUUCAAUGUUUAUUGGUUGUAAAGAAUUAUGAGGCUUCACCGAAGAACCUCGUGUUUGCCUUGAAGUCCACAGUGUAUCGUUCACCUUAUAAGAAGUGUUCCUUUAGUAUUUCUUUACAUUUCUUACGUCACCAUUAGAUAUCCACGUCAGCAAAUGGUCACAGAACCCAUUCGUGCGCUGUGCAUGGACGGAUCCUGUGGUGGGAACGAGCUGGGGACACUACGAAAACAUGUCUGGUCGACUUAAGAAUCUUUUUUUCGCCGGUGAGAGCAUCAGUGAUGAAUAUUAUGGCUACGUACAGGGAGCGUACUUUACUGGGCGCGAUAAAGCUGCUGAGAUCGCCAACUGCAUCAAGGGAGGAGCGUGUAAAGCAUACAAGCCCGCCAAAGAAGAAAUAUGA